ACAUACCAGAUGAAGGCUUAACACGCCGAGCUGCACUAUUGCUUGUGAACUGACCGGAUACAAAGGGAGAGUGUCUUGUUUUACUAACACAUUCGGUUUUGUAUACACAAUAUCGCAAGCGUAUGACUAGUUCUCCAAGUAAUUUUUAAAAUAAUAAAAGUAUGGCCCCUCCGAAAAAAGGAGAUCUUACCGAUGAAGAGAAAGAGUUAGUGCACGCUAUUGCAGAAGGAAAUGUGCAGGAGGCUUCAAGAGUGCUGGGAUGCAAAGGUGUUCGUGUCAACUGUUUGGAUGAGCAUGGGAUGACUCCACUGAUGCAUGCAGCCUACAAAGGGAAAGAGGACAUGUGCAAAUUGUUACUACAACAUGGAGCUGAUGUAAACUGCAAUGAGCACGAGUAUGGAUACACUGCCCUUAUGUUUGCAGGAUUUUCAGGUAAUAAAAACAUAACUUGGAUGAUGCUGGAGGCUGGAGCUGAGACGAAUGUAGUGAACUCCAUUGGACGGACAGCAGCACAGAUGGCUGCCUUUGUCGGUCAACAUGACUGUGUGACAGUUAUCAACAAUUUCUUUCCCCGAGAAAGACUGGAUUAUUAUACAAAACCCCAAGGUCUUGAUAAAGAGGCCAAGCUUCCUCCCAAGCUUGCUGGACCCUUGCAUAAAGUCAUCUUGAUGACUAACCUGCACCCUGUAAAGAUUGUGAUGAUGGUGAGAGAGAGCGCUCUGCUGGCUGAUGUGGCUGCCCUGGAGAAAUGCUAUAGAGUCCUGGACCUGAUCUGUGAGAAGUGCAUUAAACAGAGGGACAUGAAUGAGGUGCUGGCCAUGAAAAUGCACUACAUCAGCUUCAUUCUACAGAAGUGUGUUACUUUCCUAAAGGAGCGUGAGGAUAAGCUCGAUGGCCUUAUUAAAAGUUUAUUAAAAGGAAGAGACACCGAUGGUUUUCCCUUAUACCAGGAGAAGAUGAUCAGAGAGUGUAUAAGGAAGUUUCCUUACUGUGAUGCCACCCUUCUGCAGCAGUUAGUCAGGAGCAUUGCCCCUGUAGAGAUUGGCAAUGAUCCCACCGCUUUCUCUGUGCUUACCCAAGCCAUUACUGGCCAGGUUGGUUUUAUCGAUGGUGAGUUUUGUACGACCUGUGGCGAAAAAGGAGCUGAUAAAAGGUGCUCUGUUUGCAAAAUGGUGAUAUAUUGCGCCCAGGACUGUCAGAAGCAACACUGGUUCACACACAAGAAAGUCUGCAUGAAGCUACGAGAUCAGAGAGAAAAGCAUGAAGCGGAGGUUGCUAAACAGAAAGAAAAACAAGAAAAAACUAAACUAAACAAAGGUGAAUCUGAGGAAGCAAUAGAAGGCACUUCUGUUCCUCAGGAAGAACCCAGCAAUGGCCAUAAUGUUGAAGAGAAAACACAAUGUGGUGAAUGUGCAGGUUUAAGCAUUUCAGAGAGUGGGAUAAGUACAGCAGCUUCUGAAACAGAACAGACUUCUGAAGAGUGAUGUUGCCCUCACAAGCUUGGCCAAAGUCCAUUUCUGGUAAUGCAUGAACACUUAAUCUGUGCUCAACAAGGUCACAUACCACCAGUGCUACAUGGAAAACGCAGGGAAGUACAUUGCUAGUUAUUCUGCAGUGGAGUUCAUGAAUGGGAUUCCACAUGAACUGUGCUGAACCUGCUAAGCUUGGCAUCUUGCCAUUUUUAAGAUUUCUUUCUGUUGCUCAAAUAUUGCAUCUACAAAGUAUGUUAGUAAUAUAUAUGUGCCUUGCAAAAGUAUUCAGACCCCUGACCAAUUGUCUCAUGUUACUGAAUUACAAAUGGUACAUUGAAAUUUC